UAACAACAAUUUAAUGGAAGGUAUAAUUGAUAAUGUAUCAUUUAAGAUGAAAGAAACUUCUAAUAAUUUAUUAAUUAAAUUUUAUAAAAUGAUAUUAACAUUUAAUUAAUAUUUUUUAAAAUUAAGAAUUAUUGUUCAAUUAAACGAAUAAGUGAUUAGUUAGAUAUUAUUAAUAAAAUAACAAUCCUUAUAAGAAAACAACCUUAUUUUGCAAAUUUUGAUGAACCUUAUCGACCAGAAUUAUUACCUAAUCAUGACAAACCAAAACACAGAUAGACAUAUAAAGUAAAGUAAAUGCAUCACAUAUAAUCAUCAUAAAAUCUAAAUCUAAAUCUAUAAAAAAAAAAAAAAGAAUUUGGUCAAAUCUAAGCAAAUUUUUUGUUAACAGUUUCAUCAGCACUUAUGGAAAAGUACAAAGAAAGAGAGGGCGGCCAACCAUAACUAUAAAUCAAAAGGAAAAUAUAGAAUUCCAACUUUCUUACCAAAAAAUCUCCAUUUUUCAAAGCAUACACAUUUUACGCCAGUUAGAUGCCUCAUCUUUUCUCAAUUGUCUUUUUCUUUCAAUUCUUCACUUCUUAUCAUCUUUCUGUAACUCAAUCCAUUAUAUAAAUAAUUUUCUUGCAAGAACAGUCGUAGGGUAGCCUACUUCUCCUCCUACACCAUUUCUCCCAUCAUUAUAUCAGGUUAUCAAUCAAAAACCGUACCCCAAGAACAUCAAGAAAAUUCAAAAUUAAAAAACUAUGAAUUCUGCUGAGCAAAUUGCUUAUGAUUUUAUCUUGUCUCUUCUUGCAAUUACUCUUGUCAUCCUUGGUCUGGUACUGAUCUUCUUUUGUAGAAAGAAACCUGUAGAAUCUGAAGAAACACUUUCGGUCAAGGUUUCUGCACCGACAUAUUCAUUAACAGAUAUUGAUGCUGCUACUGAUGGCUUCAAUCAUCGCAGAAUUGUUGGUACAGGUCAUUUAGGGACAGUAUAUGCAGCUGUAAUAUUGCCAAGACAACAGCUAGUAGCUGUUAAAAGAAUACACCCAUCUCUUGUUUUAAGUAAUCCUGGUUUUGGGUUCUCUUCGAUACUCAAAACUCUUUCUUUAGCUCAACAUUCUAAUAUAGUGCCUAUAUUAGGGUUCUCUCAAGCUCCUGGUGAGAGAAUCAUUGUUACGGAAUUUGUUGGUAUGGCUAGUUUAGAUUUUUAUUUGCAUGAAAAUUCUGACGGCGGUUCAUUAUUGGAUUGGAGCCGGAGACUGAGGAUCGGCGCCGGUGCAGCUAGUGGGAUGCAAUACUUGCAUGAAGGGAUGGCACCAAAUGUCGUACAUGGGUGUUUUAAGGCAUCAAAUGUGCUAUUAGAUGUGAAGUUCUGUCCUAGGGUUUGUGAUUAUGGGCUCUAUUUUUUAGCACCUAAUGAGAAGAGAGGGCUAGCUGGAUAUGUGGAUGAUGAGUAUUGGAGUCAGACUGGUGGCGGUGGACCUUGUAAAGCAAGUGAUGUUUAUGGGUUUGGGGUAGUUUUGUUAGAGCUUUUGACUGGUAGAAGAAGUGAAGGGGGGCUACUUGUUAAGUGGGCGUUGCCUUUGAUUAAAGAAAUGAAGUUUAGUGAACUUUUGGACCCUAGACUUGCAUUACCUUCUGAUAUGAAUCAAAUUAUAAGACUGUCAAAGGUUGCUUCAGCUUGUGUAAGCAAUAGUAGGAAAAAUAGGCCUACGAUUGUUCAAGUAGCAGCAAUUUUAAACAGUUUGGAGAGCGAGAUAUGUACAUGAUUGGAAUUGGAUUAUGAUGCAUUUUCAUGAUUUGAUUUGUAGAUCAUACGAGUCAAAAUUAAUGUAAAAAGGGAAAAAUCAGAAAUCUUAUAGUGUUGAAGAUGGAAACUAUGUAGAGAACUGGAGAUGUAAAUUUUGAUUCUGAUUAUAAAGUGGCAGAGUUCGUCAAGUGGGCCUAAAAUUUAAGGGGAAGCAUGUUGAAUGGGACAGGGCAGGGCCGGUGACUUGUCGCUAGGGACGGUGAAUUUAAUUUUUUGUUUUCAUGCAGGGUAGGGAUCUCUUUUAGAGUGAAAGGAACCCAUUAUUUCUAGUCUAUUUUCUGUAUAGUAUCUUUAGCAUGCCAUUGGUUCAUGAUUAGAUUGAUUGGCUUUCUUGUUAAUCAUUUUUGUAUAAUUGCGAUUAGUCAUUUGAAA